AUGGAUUAACAAAAUCAAAGUUAAAGAGUUGUAAUCUGUAGCGAAUUACCAGAAAAUCCUAUAGCCACUAAAAUGACAUAAAAAGAAGAUAAAACUUGUGGAGGAAGAUUUAGAUGGAAUUUGAUAAUUAAUGGUAUCAUUAUUAUUAUGGCUGCCUUUCCUUUCUAUCUACCCUUAGAAGCAACUUUGGGAAUUAAUUGCUUUUAUGCUUCAUUAUGGAUGAUAUUUACUAUCUUGGCUGCUCUAACAUAAUCAAAAAUUCAUUAAACAAUGAAAAAAAUAUAAAAUAACAUGGAAUAACCUUCACUUCCAAAUAGUUCACAAAUUAAAUUUAUUUUAAUAACUUUCAUAUACAAAGAACCUUUAGAAUUACUUUUGAAAACCCUUCAAAAUGUUUCACAACAAAGAAUUGCCAAAGAGAUAAUAAUGUUAGUAUGUAUGGAAGAAAAAACACCAGAUAAAGAAACAAAAAUUAAGUCAGUUUAUGAAUAAUUCAAAGACUGUUUUGGUUAAUUAAUUAUAACUGUUCAUCCUUAUGGAACACCUGGAGAAAUACCAGGUAAAUGUUCUAAUAAUAAUUAUGGUAUUAGAUCUGUCUUAGCUCAUCUAAAAAAAAGUGAUCCUAAUCUUGAUCCAAAUAAGUAUUUUGUAACUAAUUUUGAUGUUGAUACAAUCUUUCAUAAAAACUUUCUUGAUAUCUAAAUGAUGAAUAUUUUAUAAGAGAAAGACAGAAAUAAUUUUGUUUGGUAACCAAUUUUAUUUUAUAAUUGGGGACUUGAUAAACUUAGUGUUUUUACAAGAAUAACAGGAUUAGCUAGAAAUAUGUUAAUGAUGGGAGCACUUAUACCUUUUAACAUAAAUAUUAUGAGUGUAUAUACUGCAUCAUUAUAAUUAUAUAUUGAAGGAGAUUUUUGUCAUCCAACUUAUUAAAUGGAAGACAUAAUCUGUUAUAUAAGAUGGCUUACCUUAAGUAAAAGAUCUCUUAAAAUCAAACCAAUUUAUUGCCCUACUAUAUCAGGUCCUACAUCUGGUUCAACUAUAUGGUAAGAAUUUAUUGAAUGGGUAAGAUAGAAUAAGAGAUGGAGUGUAGGAUCAGCUGAAGUUUUCCAUUAUUUUAUUAUUAAAGCUUCAAGAAUUAAUUUUUGCUCAGCUUUUCUAUGGGCUUGUAAUUAUCUUAAUUAUUAUGCAUCAUUUAUUUGUGUUUAAAGUUUAUUAUUAAUAACAACAACUAUUAGACUCUUUGCUAUGGAAACUGAUCCUAUCCUAUAAUAGUAUUUUAUUAUACCUCUAAUUGCAGUGUAUAUUUGCCUUUUCUUUAUGAUUUUUAUGAACAAAAUUGCAGUAAAAUAUCUUUUAAAAGAUAUUGUUAUAGAAAAAAUACCUAUUUGGAAAGAUUUCUUUCAUUGGAUAUUAAGUCUAAUAGUCAUGGUUGGAUAUGGAUUAACAGUGUUUUAUGGAUUCUGGGAAAUAUUCUUUUGUGGAAAAGGUGUCUGCACUCAUGAGCCAUCAAAGAAAAAAGUACUUGAUAAUAUAGUCUAACGUAAAGAUGAAACAACAGUUCCCAUAUAAGAAUUAUAAACUGAAAAAUGA